ACUGAAAAAAUAGGUACCCUUAAAGCAAAGUCACCGGUUCUCUUGAUUACAAAUUAUUACAAGCAAGAGAAAUAAUCUGUCAAGAAUAGAUUUUUUUUUGCUACAAAUGAAAUGUCCUUGAUUAAAAAAAAACCCUUUCUCUUGAAAUUGACCCUAGGCUCUCUUGAACGUUAAUUACUAAUAACAAAUGCCAUGGGUUUUUGUUCAAAACUGCUGAAGUGUUUGUAUAUUUCAGCAAUUUAAACAAAAUCUGUGUUUCUUUAUUCAAGUAACAAGAUCUUGUAUGUUGUGAAUAUUCUGAGAAUUCUCUCCCAUGCUCGAAACUUGCAACUACCGCACAUUGCAAUCCGUAUUACGUAUGUAUUCAUAUUCACAUGCAACGUGUUAGCUGCCCUUGCUCUUACUUUAUUUUAUUACUUUUUAUAGCUACUAAUGCUACUAUAGUAUUAUUACGCGCAUUUUUAAAGCCGAAAGUGAUUUUUUUCAUUUAUUGACACUGACGUGUAUGUUAUAUCAGUGCGGUAUGGAAAAUGUAAAAAUCUUUUUAAGUAAAUGGAAAUUAAUCCAUUUAUUUAACGUUUUUGAAGAGCAGAAUAUUGACGACCCUUUGUUAAUAAAACACUUGACUAACGACCAAAUCCGAUUAUUGGCUCCUAAUAUUGGAGAUCAAAUUAAGCUGCAACAAGGAAUCAAAAGCCUUAGCUCAGAUCAGGUCGAGGAUCAGAAUGAUGAACCACCAGAAAAGAAACAAAGAGUGGAAUUGCAUGACGAAAGUUAUGACACAACACUCACAGACAACAUUCCUAUCAUAUUUUUGGAAAAUAAUUUUGAAGCACUUGCUAGGCCGUCUACUUCAAACGCAGUAGAGGCCAUUUACGAUACAAUUAGCCAGACGUCAGACACAGUCACUGUCACAGACACAUCGACAGCUUCCUCUUGCACUGUGUAUGAGAGAAAAUCAGAUAUUCAAAUGUCAGCCCUCAAUAACUUUGAUCUUGAAAAAUUUUUAAAAAACGAUAUUUUGGGGGAGGCACUGCUUGUCAAAGGAACCAAACUAAAUGCUUUCAACAACGGAGACCGGGACCGACUAUGUGAACUGCUUAUAAAACAUCUUCUAAAUGAGCACAAAAAACUCAGUAUAGAAGAUUUCGCAAUAUUAUCAAAAAAAAUUACAAAUGUUUUUCCAAGAGAACAGGCUGCCACUUAUUAUGUGGCACCCAUUCCAAAAAAAAUGUCAGGUAAUAAAAUACAUGAAAAAGCUCGGGGUAAGCUGGUCGACAAGCAAAGGAACUUGCUGUAUAUGGUAAAAAAACUUAAAAGCCCUAAAACAAACGAGAUAGAAGCAGACGAAUCCUAUCAUCAAGAAGUAAUUGAUCAGGAGGCAAAAGACAGUGAAAUUUGGUUGCGACGAAACACCCAGCCGCAAUGCGAAGUGUUACAACACUGGAAGCAAUCCUAUCUUGCUAGAAGAAAUACGCAAUUUCAAACUAUUGCGCAAUUUUUGGAACAGUGGCCAAUUUUAAGAUCUCCAAUUGCCCCUGAUCUGAUUAAUUAUGACUUCGCGCAAGUGCACAAAGUUCCCGAGAAUUUUGACCUACAGACUGAAUUUCAAAAUUUGUUUGAGGCUGUACUAACGCAGAGAAAAUCAUCGUUAAGUCCUGCUGAUAAUACUAUUUUGCAGCUGCUAGAUACCGAUGAUAUAACUUCUGAUUCACGAAGAGCGAUCCAACUGUAUUUGCUGGCAUCACUAGUGCCUCCAAAAGGGAGAACCAAAGUAAAGAAGCUUCACUGGAAGCCCUCUAUUACUGAAGCAAGGGAAGGUGUUUUCGUGCAUGUUUUAACACCAGGCGACAUUGAACAGGCAAAAAAACAAAAAAUUAAUUCAAUGUACUCUAAAGGUCUCACUGUGCAGCCUUAUUUUAUAAUCAUUGGACCAAGCCUUAAUAACAUUUCCCAAACUCUUGUUAUAAUUAAUCAAAAUACAUAUCAAUGCAAUUCCAUUCUUGAAGCAUUGGACUUCUGUUUUAAAUCGUACAUUGUUUUGGAUGCAAAAUAUCCAUUUCAAUCGCAGCACUUAUGGUAUCUAAUCCAGUGGAUUGUUUAUAAAUAUAGAGCAGCGACAGAUCCAAAAAUACUUUUUAUCAAUGAUCUCGUAAAUUCGUAAAUAAUAGUACAUAUUACGUUUUUGCUCUUAGUUUUGACUGAUUUGUAUAGCAUGUUAAAACGGAACUAUAUUUGGUAUUAAUGCGAACCCAAGGCACAAUAAUGGAAUCUUCACAAGGAUAUAUAUGCUUUAAAUGUAAAGAAAAUUUUUUUUCCCAUAAAAACCUAAUCAAACACAUAAAAAUAUCUCAUUUUUUUUUGACUGAGUACCGUUGUGAACAAUUAUACUGUUUCCGGUCUUACAAAGAUCUGAAUGGCUUGCGAAAACAUUUUCAAUCUCAACAUGAUAAUCUUCCAGUGGAAAGUCUUUCAAAGAACACACAAGCUGUCAGUAAGACAACAAAUAUCUCAAGUGUGACUGAUCAUUUAUCUGAUUUAGCUAAUUUUCAUUCAGGUAGUUCAGAAACUACUUCUACUUCUGUACCAGCAGCUCCCCAAAAUUAUGAUUUAAAUAAUGAAACAAAUAUUAGAUCUUUUAUUACUAACUAUAUGUGUACUCUUUAUAGUAAUACCUCAGUAAAUAGAAGUGUUGUGCAAUUCGUAAUUGAAAACACAAAAAUAUUAAUUGACAAAAUUCUCACACACAUUUUUGAAAAUUUCUCAGAAGCCAAUGUUACUACAGCAAAAGAAAAUCUACGUUAUACAAUAAAAAAUAUUCUUUGUCUUUUCGAAACUACAAAUUCUGAACAUCAGAGACUGAAACUUUUAGAAAAAUGUGAAUCCUUUAUUAAACCCUUUCCAUUUACUAUAGGAAUCACAACUUGUUUGAAUAGAAUUGAUACUUCAGAGGAAGCAACAUUAUCGGUUCGCGAAGCACGCGGACAAAAAGUGUGUAUUCGUACGGUUCUCAAAAAAUUCUUAGAAUUACCAAAUGUUUUAAACAAAAUAGAUUACUUUGUUCAAUCACAGGAAGAAAUUUCUUCUGAAAUAGUUAGUAUAUUCCAAGGAGAGCUGUGGAAGUCUUUAAAGUCACGUUUCAUAAACAAGAAGGUAUUUCCUAUUUAUAUAUUUUUUGAUGAUUUUGAACCAAUUAAUCCAUUAGGCUCUAGAGCUGGCAUUUACAAAAUAGGAGGUGUGUAUCUAUCCUUAGCUUGUAUCCCUUUUGAAUUCGCUUCCUUAAUUGAAAAUAUUUUCUUAGUUCAAUUAUUUUAUUCCAGUGAUAGGGCUAGACAUGGAAAUAAAAAAAUAUUUGAAAGUCUCAUUGACGAUUUAAUUUUUUUGGAACGUGAAGGAAUUUACGUGGAUAGACCUGACGGCAUACAGGAAAAAAUUUAUUUCACUCUAUUUCUUAUAUUGGGUGAUAAUUUAGGCUUAAACAGCAUAUUGGGAUUUAAUGAAAGUUUCAAUUCCGAUCAUUUUUGCAGAAUAUGUUUAGCCACAAAGCAAAUGUCGCAGGUAGAAGUCGAUCAAUCAAAAUUUAUUUUGCGAAGCAAAGAAACUUAUAAUUCUCAUAGCACUAAUUUUUCACAUGGGGUAAAAGAAUCCUGCAUUUGGAAUGUAUUACCAAAUUUUCACGUAACAAACAAUAUUUGCUGUGAUAUGAUGCACGAUGUUCUGGAGGGUAUUCUAAGGUACGAUAUGGCUUUCGUUAUCAAUUCGCUUAUUAGAAAAAAAUAUUUUAGUCUUGAUCAUUUAAAUGAACGAAUAAAAUUUUUUAAGUUUUCUAAGGCAGAUGCAGGUAAUCCUAUGCCUCAAAUUAAGUCGGACCAUUUAAAGAAAAACCAUAUAGUGAUGAGUGCAUCUGAAAUACUUUCCUUAACAGUAUAUUUUAGUUUUCUUGUGGGGGAUUUAGUGCCCCCAGAAGAUGAAAUAUGGAUAUUUUAUAUUAUAACGGUACAAAUUUUAGAAAUGAUGUUAAAUAGGGUGUUCACCACUCAAUCUAUAGCAUACUUAAGUAUUUUAAUUGAGGAACAUCAUACAAUGUUUAUUGAACUAUUUAAACAACACUUGAGACCUAAGUACCACAUACUGUUGCAUUAUCCUUCGGUUAUUAGAAUGAUUGGCCCUCCCCGACACUACUGGUCAAUGAGGUUUGAAGGAUUUCACAAGCUUUUAAAAAGUACAGCUAACAAUACAGCCAGUCGCAAGAAUUUGUUGGUUACUUUGAGUAUCAAACAACAGUUAAGAUUAUCUUCUAGAUUGGCCAACAAAAAGGGAUUAGAGUGUGAAAAGAGAUGUGGACCAUGUAGUACUGUGAACACAAGUCAUACUUUUAAAAACAAAUUUAGCAAUAAAGCUGUUUCUGUGCCUUGGGUAAACAUUAACCAUGUUUUGUUUAAGAAGGGUUUCUUUCUCAGUAUUAGUGACGAUAGUGAUGAGACUGAUGGUUUAGUUACUUUUGGCAAAAUAAUAGAUAUUAUUAUUGAAUCAGAGUCUAUAUUUUUUUUAUUGUCAAUUUAUGUUACUGUUGGAUUUAGCACUCAUUUUCAAGCUUAUGAGGUAUCGAAACUAAGUAAGAACACAUUAAUAAUUCAUCCUUUUCAGUCUUUGCAAAAUAACAAUGUUUAUAACAAUCGUGUAUUGGGCGACGGUCGUAGUUUUAUUUCUAUGAUAAAAUAAAAGCAUAACUAAAUUAAUUACCAAUUAAUAUAUUAGUUGGCCUAAAAUAUUUGUGUACAUUUUGCGAGAGUCCACUACAUUAAGUACAAAUUUUCAUUUCUGUUUCGUAGUUUGUGCAAUUGCUUAUUUUAAUUACCUUCAGUUUAUUUUUUAAAAAGGCUGUUGAUUGGAGUUACCUUAGACUGUGUGAUUUUUUUUUUAUUUGUUUAGGGUGAGAUAAUACCUAAAACCAUGUAAGAUAAAUUAGGUUGUUUUAUUCUUUAUGAGAAUUAUUUUAUUGAUUUUUGUUGCUAUAGUAAGUUAGCUUUUAUUAUAAACAUUAUAUUAUUUACUUAUUAUUAAAACAAAUAAAUUUUUUCAUUCAUAGUGGUCCGCUUCUUAUUUAUCAAUAUGGGAUGGCAAUGCAUAGCCUAGGGUAAUACAAUAGGGAAUAAUUUUGAAAAACGUCUGUGUAAUGUUUAGUUAUAAAAAAUUUUUGCCGCUACAAUUAUUACGUACCUAUGAGCAGCAGGUGUCCUGAAAUAAACAUUUUAACUUUGAAACCGCUAGA